AAAUAUUCAUAUGCUUCCUAAAUUUUAGAAUUCUUUCGCUUAAGAUAAGAAUCUUUAAACUCUUAUCGAAUCAUUUAAUUAAUCUUAGAAAAAUCCUAGUAAUCUUCAAAGGAAUCGAUACAAUACUUAUGUAUCUUAUGGAGCAGGACAUAUUAGACCAAAUACAGGUACAUCAUCAUUAAGUAAUAUUUAAAUCUUUUAUUUUUUAGAUAUCUUCUAAGAAAAAGUAUCAUUUACAUUAUUAUCUAAUCCAUCAAUCACGUAAUAAUUUAAGUCAAAUUUUUCUAAGUUCCACUUUGACAAAUGAUCAAUAAGACAUUAUCUUGAAAUUUUAAUUAAGUAAUAGAAAUUUAUAAAUUGUCACAUUUGACAGACCUACAAGAGAUUAAAAAGAUGAAGAAAUAAAUUCUAAUCUUUAUGUUGUAUUUUAUGAUUUUUUUAGCCGAAUCCAUAUUAAUAAUAGAAAUAAAAAAUUGAUUUUAAACUAGAAGAUGUAGAUGAAAUAGAAGUAAAUGGAAAUGAAAACCUUCUAAUUAUUUCUACAAAAUCAUUAAUUAAAUAUACAAGAAUUGAGUAAAAUAAAAAACCAAUUCAAAAUUUGGCUCAAGAAAUUUAGAGUAAUUCAUAUAUAUAUUUUAUAAUUAUAGAUAAAAAUGAAGCUUAAGUUUUAUAAAUUCAUUUUAGAUUUUUAAGAGAAUGGUAUGCAAAAGUAGGAAAUAAUUUAUAUGGAGCUAAAAAGGUUUUACAAGAAUUAUUAAAAACCUUAUAAUUACCUAAGAUAAAAUUCACAGCAUUUGAUCAAUAAUAACCUAUCCAACCUGAACCAUAAAUUUAAAUUCCUUAACCAGACCCUAAUAAGAAACCAUAAAAAAUUGAAAAAUAAGAAGUCGAAAAAGAACCAGAAGAAGUAGAAUAACCUGUUUAAAUAUCAGAAAAAGAUCUCUAAAAUCUCUUUCCUCAUGUAACUGAAGAAUUUGUAUAAAGAUAAAGAGAAGCAUUAGAAAAAAGUAUACUUUCUUUUUAUUUAUAUUAGAAAAUUAAACAACAGACGAAAAGAUUAAACGUUUAUUUGAAGAAGUAAAAAUUAGACAGUAUAAAUCUUAACCUUAUAAUAUUGAGAAAAAUGUUUUUAAAUGUCCAUAUCAUAAGUGUUAAAAGAUGUAUAAGAAACCUAAUUAAUUAAAAAAUCAUCUGAAAACUAACCAUCAAAAACUAUCUGAAAUAGGUUUCACUAUUGAUGAUAAUGGAGAAUAUAAAUUUAAUGAAAAAACUUUAGAUUAUUGUUUGUUGUUAUGGAAAGUGUAUCCUAAUUUUGUCAAGUCUGUUAUUAAUGAAGUACUGAUAUCAUUAAAAUUUGUAGAUGAGACAAAGAAAAGAGCAAACAAGUACAUGA